AUGGCGCUUGCAUUUGAAGUAACGAAAGACAGUGUGCAGCAGUUCUCACAGAAAACCUACAAGGCUAAUGUGGUGGAUAAGCAAGUUAAAACGAAGCAGCGUGAGGCGACAAGAAAGCCUGCAGCUAGCGGGAAGCCUUGCUAUCGUUGCAGUGGUAAGGGACACAGACCAGAUGAGUGCAGAUUCAAGGACGUGGAGUGUCACCAGUGUAACAAAAGAGGACACAUCGCGAAAGCAUGCCGCUCACGCAUGGCAGGAGUAAAAAAAGGGGCCGCGCACACAGAGAACAAGGGAAAUUACAACGCUCUCAAGCAUGAGACAUGUCACGGUGCCAGCGUUCUCAAACAGCGGACAGGUCACAGUUGCAACGCUCCCCAGCGCGAGAGAGACCCUGGUUGCAACGCUCCCCAGCGCCGUAAUGAUCACCCGCUAUACACUAAUCGUGGCUGUAGAAAGCCGCAGCUCCGAGACAACCCGGAAGAAGGUUGUGAGCCAUCCAGGUGCAUGGCUGAUGUUCCAAAUAGUGACACUGGUCAGCUUUUUGACAGAGGAGGGGUUGAUCUUUUUGCAGUGGACUCCAGUACAGAUGUGGUGAAACCUUAUUAUGCAUAUGUCAGUGUAAAUGGUGCCAGAGUAAAAAUGGAGGUUGACACUGGCGCAGCUGCGUCAGUGAUAUCUGAAAGUCUGUACCAACGCAGGUUUAAGUCAGUUAAACUUAGCCUCGCUAACUGUGUGCUGAAAACUUACAGCCAAGAAUCAUUGCAACUGAUAGGCAAAUUCACAGCAAAGGUGAAAUGCAAAGAGGUCACAAAAAAGCUAGAACUACUAGUAGUGAAAGGAAAGGGUCCUGCAUUGUUGGGUCGAGACUGGAUUAGCCAGUUAAAACUAGACUGGUCAAGAGUCAACCGAGUGACUGCUGAAACAGUGGAUGAGGUGUGUGCUAGACAUGCAGCAGUAUUCAAACCUGAGUUAGGAAAGCUCAAGGGCAUCGAAGCAAGGUUGCAAGUAACUGAAAAUGCUGUGCCCAAGUUCUGUAAGCCUAGAAAUGUGCCUUAUGCACUUAGAGAAGCUGUAGAGAGAGAGCUGGCAAGAUUAGAAGCUGAAGGGGUAAUUUCACCAACUAACUAUAGCGAGUGGGCAGCUCCCAUACUCUGUGUACCUAAAAAAGAUGACAGUGUACGUAUAUGUGGGGACUACAAGGUCACUGUAAAUCCCUGGUUGAAUGUGGAACAGUAUCCACUACCCCGAACUCAAGAUCUAUUUGCUAAAUUAGCUGGAGGUCAGCAAUUUACCAAACUAGACUUAUCACAAGCUUAUCAGCAAGUGCAGCUAGAGGAAGGCUCAAGGCGUUACCUCACUAUCAACACGCACAAGGGUUUAUAUCAUUACAAUAGACUACCAUAUGGUGUUGCCAGUGCUCCGGAAAUUUUUCAAAAGAUAAUGGAUCAAGUACUUCAAGGGCUGGACGGUGUCAUAUGCUACUUAGAUGAUAUCUUACUGACUGGAAAGGAUACAGACAGACACCUAGCUACCUUGGAAGAGGUUCUUAGGAGGCUAGAAGUUUCCAAUCUCAGGGUAAAACGAGAGAAGUGUGAGUUUAUGAAGAGCAGUGUGUCAUACUUGGGGCAUGUCAUAGAUGCUAUGGGCAUUCACCCAAUGGGAGAAAAGACAGAUGCUAUCCAGAAAGCUGCAGUUCCGAAAAAUGUGACGGAACUCAGGUCAUUCUUAGCACUGUUGAAUUAUUAUGGGAAGUUUAUCUCCAAUCUAUCUACCUUGAUUCAGCCCAUGACAGCACUGCUGCACAAAGAUGUUGUUUGGGAAUGGUCAGAGAAAUGUCAAAGUGCAUUUGAAAAGGCAAAACAAUCUCUUCAGUCUGACAAAUUGUUAGUACAUUAUGACCCUGACUUACCGCUGAUGUUAGCCUGUGAUGCCUCUCCUUAUGGAGCUGGUGCGGUGAUUAGUCAUAAAAUGAAUGAUGGAAGUGAGAGACCGAUUGCAUUUGCUUCGAGAAUGUUGACAAAAACAGAGCAGAAUUAUUCACAGAUUGAGAAAGAGGCUCUUGGUCUGGUUUUUGGGGUUAUGAAGUUCCAUGAAUACCUUUAUGGUAGGAAAUUUCUGUUAGUGACCGACCAUAAGCCAUUGUUGAAAAUCUUGGGGCCAAAAACUGGUGUGCCAACACUGGCCACAGCAAGAAUGCAAAGAUGGGCUCUAAUUUUAGCAGCGUACACCUAUGAGAUUCAAUACAAGAGGUCAGAGCAGCAUGGCAAUGCUGAUGCCUUAUCAAGGUUACCUGUGAAGCCUAGCGUGGAUGUAGUGUCUAAUCCAGUAUACAGAGUUGCAUAUCUGGAAGAAUUGCCUAUUACGGCGAGAGAAAUUGCCAAAGAGACAGAUAAAGAUCCUGUUUUGAAGGUAGUUAAGCAACUGGUUUUGACCGGUUGGCCAAAACAUGUGCAGGAUGAGGCAUUGAAGCCUUAUUUUCAGAGAAAAUAUGAGCUAACUGUGGAAGAUGAUUGUCUCUUGUGGGGCUUACGAUUGGUAGUUCCUGAGAAAUUGAGAGGGAGAUUACUCUCCGAACUACAUGAACACCACUGGGGGAUAGUUAAGAUGAAAUCCCUAGCCAGAAGUUUCUUCUGGUGGCCUACAUUAGACGAGAGCAUUGAACGUGAGGUGAGUGAGUGCAGUAUUUGCCAACAACAGCGUAGUAUGCCAGCUACUGCACGAGUACAUACUUGGAAAUGGUCUUCAAGUCCAUGGGAGAGAAUACACAUUGAUUUUGCUGAGGACCACAAGCAGAUGUUCUUAGUAGUGAUGGACGCUUAUGCUAGAUGGCCCGAGGUUAUUCCCAUGCACACUACUACAUCAGCUAAAACAAUAGAUGUGCUGAGAACUUUGUUUGCAGCUUAUGGCUCACCAAAAGAAGUGAUAACAGAUAACGGACCUCAGUUCGUUUCACAAGAGUUUGAGACAUUCCUUACUAGAAAUGGAGUGAAACACAUUAAAUCGCCUGCAUACCAUCCUGCAAGUAAUGGUUUAGCUGAGAGAUUAGUACAGAAUCUUAAGAAAUCGCUUGCAGAGAAUAGAGCACUUGGAGGCAUGACGCUUGAGCAUUGUGUAGCAAAUUUUCUUUUUGGAUACAGGAACACGCCCCACACUACAACAGGCAAGACACCCGCUGAGCUGUUUCUGAGAAGACUGGUGCGAACGAGGUUGUCACUUCUCAGACCAGAGUUUUCUCAUAGAAUGCAAACUGAGACAGAACCACACCUUCCUCGUGUUAGGUCUUUCUCUGUGGGUCAACAAGUUUUGGUAAAGAAUUACAGGGGAGGGGAGAAAUGGUUGAAUGGUGUCAUACGCGAAGUGUUGGGUCCUGUGACAUACAAUGUUGAAGUAGAUGGAAAGUGUGUGAAAAAACAUGUAAACCAGAUGUUGAGUACCAAGGUAAAUCCUGCACAGAGACAAGUGGACUCUGGUGCAGAAACAGGUCUGGACUUUGAUGAGUUCACUACAGGCCGUGAUUGGGAACAAUCUGUGUCAAAGACUGUAGUAGAACAACCCAUAGUACCAUCACCACCGCCGGUUGUGGAACGCAGCAGCCGUCCUGUGAGAAACAGACGUCCUCCUGAAAGACUGAACUUGUAA